UGCGGCAAACGUGUGUUCUGUGGUUCCAGGGGAGGCAUAACUUUUACGUAUACGAGACCCCGAAGAAUUGUCCAACAUAAAAAAUAAGACGAUGCUCAGUCACAUACGCAAAAUAUAAUGGACCUUUCUCACCAACAACCAUGAGAAACUACACUUACUGUGACUUAGAGGACUUCAGAAAAAACUACAAAGAAAACAUCCAUGGUUACCUAAGCCUUACAGUCUGCAUCCUAGGCUCCAUAGCCAACAUCUUCAACAUAUGCGUCCUGAAAACCAAACACAUGCGAUCAGCUACCAACCUAAUCCUCACAGGAUUAGCUGUAGCUGACCUGCUGGUAAUGCUACAGUAUAUUCCUUUUACCAUUCACAGAAACUUACAUUCAUUGCCUGUGAGGUACACUCAUUACAGUUACUGCUGGGCAGUUUUUUAUAAGUUUCAUUCUCUGUUCACCUUAAUUCUGCACUUUAUCGCUUGUAGCCUCACUGUUAUUUUGGCUGUAUGGAGGUACGCUUUUGUAUCACAAGUUCACGCCAGUGAAAUUUUUACUGACAAGAAAAAAACUUCUGUAGUUGUUCUUCUAACUUACUUAAUAUGUCCUGUUAUUUGUAUUCCCAUGUUCUCUACUCUGGAGAUAAUGAAACAUCAACAAACAUGUGACUUGUACGGUGUAAUAGUCAAUAAAGAAGACAAACACAAAUACAACCAAAGUUUACUUAAAAACGAGACUAUAUUUUUCGUCCAUCCAAACGAUCCCUACUUCGUAAGCAUAUGGAUUUAUAGUUUGUUGUUAAAACUCGGUCCUUGUGUGCUUUUAACUAUAUUAUCCUGCAAGAUUAUAGCAGUGCUGGUUGAAACUCGCCGAAGAAGACUUAUGUUGCUUUCCAGUUCUAAUAGAGGGGAUAUUGAUGGGAAAACAGGAUCGAUCCAGUUGUACAAGGAGAGCCAAUCUGACAGGACUACGAGGAUGCUAUUGGCUGUUUUAUUCCUUUUUCUUUUGACGGAGUUCCCUCAAGCUAUUGUGGGACAGAUAAGCGCGAUGUAUGGAAAUGUGUUUCUGGAAGAAUGUUACGCUGCUCUAGGUGAUGUAAUGGAUAUAGUAGCCCUGAUUAACUCUUCCAUCAACUUUAUCUUGUACUGCACAAUGUCACGACAGUUCAGAGAAACAUUCAAAGAAUUGUUCCACGUCCACUACUUUGUGCAAUGGAUCCAUCCACAGAGCAGACAAAUUUCUAUGGAAGAGACUAGGGGAGACACAAAAAUGUCCACUGUAUAAUAUAGAAGUGUAUAUAGUACUCUGUUGUAUUUUAUAUGAACUACUAUCUUUUAUAACUAAUAUAAUUGUUUGUAAUUCUCUUCAACAAACGUUUACUAAUACAAUUAAAAAACAGUAGGUUUAGUCGUGAUUGACUAAGUUAAGAAAAAAACUACUAAUUUUAGUGAGGAUGUUUAGUCCAUUUUGGAACUGCAUUAAACAGUUCCUGUCUGAUUGUGCUCGGAACAACAAUGUAGCAAUUUUUUUUGAGUAAUUGUUUAAAUAAAAUGUAUUAAGAUGUGCAUGUUUUGAAUAUUUUUAUAAAGAAAAUUCUUUGUGAUUCCAAUGUUCAAUGAUGUAAGUCUGUAAAGCCUUACUGACUGUGAAUUAACUCAUCAAACGGUCCUGAUAAUGGGAAUAUAUUUCUCGAAAGCUUGAAAUAUUGAAAAGUAGUUUUAUUAGCCUAUGUGGUGAUUAUUGACUGCAUCCUCACUAAAAUUAGUAGAUACAAUUAAAUGUAUAAAGAAUAUCACGACAAAAUCUAUACGUCGUAAAUUAUUGUAGAAAACAAAACUGUUUUUGGUAGGAAUAUUUGAAACACAUCUAGUUGAAAAUUGACAUUUGACAGAUGUAUAGUAAUUGUUAAUUUUAAUCUAUAAUUUGUUAUAUUUACUUAUAAGUUACUCAAAAUACCUAAAUCAAAUAUAUUCUUAUUAAAUUAUAUUCCUUUUUAUAAGACAAUUCAUAAUAUAACAGCAUAUUAAACACUUUUCAUAUAAUCUAGUAUUGUAUAACAUUGUUACAA